UGUUCAGUAUCUUGAUCAUGUUUAUUAAAAUAUCAUCCAUAUUGCACCAGUUUGUAUUGAAAAUACGAUAUUCGAAUCGGAUUAAAAUAUCUCCAUCGAUUAUGAAAUGUAAUAUAACCCAUAUUUUCAAGAGAUACAGGGUGAUUCAUUGGUAAAUUGGCAGAAGCUGAACGUAGGAGACUGAGGUCCCUCCUUAAAGGUAUAAGACCUAAUGGUCAAAAGAAUGACAGAUAAGGGGUAGAAUUUUUGGACACUUCAGGUUACAAUUUCAGUUCGUGAACAUACUAGUGGAAGUUGGAAUUCGCAGAGUGCUAUCUUAAAAUUCUGAGUGAAGAAUUCUUAUACUCCAAAGGUUUAGAAUUUUUCAAGUUUGAGGGGAGUUGAAAUAAUAAUUUACAGUAGGAAUAGAAGAAAAUAUGUCGAAAAUAAAUGGAAUACCACAAUCGUGUGGUUAUACAAGUGAUAGCUCAGAUCAAUCAAGUAUAUACACCGGAAGAGAUGAAAUGGUAGCAAUAAGAAGUCGAUUUCCAGCGAGAAUACCUAUAAUAUUGACAAGGUUAGCCAUGGAAAAAAAACUGCCCAUGUUGGAAAGAACCAAAUAUUUAGUUCCCCAAGAAAUGACCCUGGCACAAUUCCAAAUGAUAAUCAGAACUAGCAUGCACCUUAAUUCAAAAAAAGCAUUGUAUUUUCUUGUGGAUGGGAACCCAAUGAUCGGAUUAUCACUGACUAUGGCUGAACUUUACCAAAACUGUGGAAAGUCAGAUGGAUAUCUAUAUAUUACAUACGCAUCACAAGAUACGUUUGGAUAGAUUCAAUGGAAACUAGGCAUUAAUGAUUGAAGACUGACUGUAUUUUUUACAUGUUGAUUAUAUUAUGUUAGAUAUGAAUAUUGUUCAACUUAUUUUCAAAUGUAAAAACUGAUAUUUUUAUGUCUCAUAUACAAUUGAAAGCAGCUUUUUAAUUAUGUUACAUGUAGUUGUUAUAUUUUCUUUGUAAUUUUUUAAUUUUAGAAUCCAAUACUUCAUAACUAGAAAAAAUUCAUGUAUUUCCUGAAAAACAUUUACAGUAAUUUAUUUUAUUUAUUGAUCAAAAUUUUGUUGCCUCCCUAAGCAGGAAAGUGUUAUAAGAUUCAUUGGUUUCACGAUUAUUAUUGUGAUUGUGUUAUUUUUGAGUUGAUAAUAAUUGUAAAUAAAUUUUUGAUACCAUAAAGUAAUAUUUCAAUUAUGUUUGGCAUUCAAUUUCAUAUAUUGAUGAAAUAUUCAAAUAUCAAGCAAUGAAAGCAUAGACUGAUCUAUAUUGUAUAAAGGGAUAUAUACAACUUAAGGUGUCUGAAACAACAACAGCCUGCAAAGGGAGAGAUAAAAGGAUGAUUACCAUCAUACCAUCCACUCAUAAAUAUAAAAUUGUAACAUCCACAUUAUUGUACAAAUAUUAUAAUUAUGAUGAUCCGA